AUGACCAAGUACGAGAAGGCGAGGAUUCUCGGAACUAGGGCGCUUCAAAUCAGCAUGAACGCACCCGUAUUGGUAGAUCUUGAGGGCGAGACAGACCCCUUGCAGAUUGCUAUCAAAGAACUGAAGGAGAAGAAAAUCCCCCUCAUCGUCAGGCGGUACCUUCCUGAUGGAUACUACGAGGAUUGGACGUGCGAGGAGCUUCUUCAGUAA